ACUGGGCCAUAGGUUCAUUCAAUUAUCCAACAGGGGCAGAGGAGAUACAGUAAGCAACAGAACCCAGAGCAAAGUGAAAGGUCCCCGAAUAUAAAAAGACUGCUUUUUAGUGUGUUAAUAUGUUAUUAAUAUGCAAUUCAACAAGUGAUCUAAUGACAGUUUAAAGCUAACAGUUUAUCUAUUCAAUGUGAGACACAGCAGGCUAUAUUGAAGUGGAUGAGGAGGUGCAAUGGACUGGAACACAUUGCUACUGCUUGAGAGAGAAAGCAGAAUUCUGAGUACGGAGUCUAAAGUGUUGGCGACAGCGAAGUGUUUCUGGAACGUGAUUUCGUCUGCAAGGAAGAUACGAUGUGUGCUCGGAUGCUGUCUGGCGGCCGCAGGUUCGGAUUCGGUUUCCGAGUUCCGAGGGAGUGUCUACAGAGCGCUGGACUCGGAUUAGCGGAGAGGCGGGAGAGGCAUGCUUCAAAUUCAGAGGGCACGCUCACCCUCUUCACCAAUGACAAGGGAGGAAUUAAUGAUGAUCUCAUCGUCACCAAGACAGACCAAGGCUACCUCUACGUGGUGUCCAACGCUGGCUGUGCAGACAAGGACUCCGCCAACAUGAAAGCUAGAUUGGCAGAGUUCAAAGCUGCUGGCCAUGAUGUGGAUCUGGAGUUUCUGGAGGAAUGUUUAAUUGCUGUUCAAGGUCCCUCCAUGGCCAAGGUGCUCCAGUUGGGUCUGACAGAUGACCUCAGCAAGCUGACCUUCAUGACCAGCACCCUGGCCACAGUGUUUGGGAUCCAGGGCUGCAGGGUGACCCGGUGUGGCUACACUGGAGAGGACGGAGUGGAGAUCUCAGUGCCUAAGUCUGGCGUGGUGGCCCUGACGGAGCACCUGUUGGGCAACAGUGAGGUCAAGCUGGCCGGACUGGGGGCACGAGACAGUCUGAGGCUGGAGGCAGGCCUCUGUCUCUAUGGCAAUGACAUCGAUGAGACUACUACCCCUGUGGAGGCAACCCUGGUGUGGACUAUAGGAAAGCGGCGGCGUCAGGCGAAGGAUUUCCCCGGUGCGGAGAUCAUUGUCCCCCAGAUAAAGGCGAAGACGGCGAGGAAGCGUGUGGGCCUGGUGUCCACGGGACCCCCUGUCAGACAGCACACCCCCAUCCUCAGCCCAGAGGGAAAGGUCAUAGGUGAGGUCACCAGUGGUUGCCCCUCCCCCUGCCUGAAGCAGAACGUUGCCAUGGGUUACGUGGAUGCGCCGUAUGCCAAGAAUGGAACUCCCAUUCAGGUGGAGGUGAGGAAGAAGGCAGUGAAGGCAGUGGUCACCAAGAUGCCCUUCGUGCCUACAAACUACUACUCUGGCCAGUAGAUCUGUCUCUCAAUGGACACCCAGUUUAUGAGAUCAGCCUGCUUUGCCAGUGGACAGUGACCUGAACAGACAGACCUUCUCCCACUGACCACCAGAGAUCAGUCUAUCAGUCUAUCAGAGCAAUGCUUGCCCCUUGUGUUUACCUCGAUCAGUGACACUCAAACCUGAAGGACUGCAAGGCUUCUUUAGCAAUAGAGAAUGGGUUAUGAGUGUGUGUGGCCUUGCCUGCACCCACAACUCAACACAACUAUAAAUACAGCUACACCCUUGACGAUGAGGCUUUUCACUCCUGUUAUCUGAAGCUUGUUCAUGGUCUUUAGACCACAGUGAGUUGUGUGAAUGAGCCAUACGGUUUGAAGGACAGGGUAAUCACUGACUCACAAAAGCAGCAUAACAUGCUAUGUAAACCAAGAGACAAAGCAUGAUGUCACAUGUAGAGGACUAGUGUGAAAAAUUUGUUUUUUCCUUUCUAAUACUAAUUAGAUGUUGAAUCUAAACGUGCAUUUUGCAGGCUUAGUGACACAAUGACGUGUGUUACAUAAAUGUUUACCAAUUGCUAACUGAAAUACUAUAUAUCAGCAGGACCAAACUCUCCAUAUGAUUCCAAAUUGUGAUAUUUUGUCAUUAGGCUUCUACAAUGAUCCUAGUUGUCACAUUCCCAACAAACUAAAACUAAACAAUACAAUACAUGGUAUGUAGUGGCAGGUAAACGCAAGUAAACACAGUUCAUCCUCUUUUUUUUUUUCUUCAACAAAUUACGCACCUUUUACGGAAAAAUUAAUUGAAAGUAUAGAGACCUUUACUUUUUUCACCUAUUUUUUUUAACCACUAACUCACUGAUGAUAUGCAGUAACGUGUGGCCAAAAAUCAGUACCUUUCUUACAAGAUAACUUUAGAAACUAGAAGUGGAACUAUUGGAAUGUAACUUAGAGGUGUUUGUGGUCUUGCAUCUCCCCUGUACUACUGAACUAUUGUCUCAAUGUUUUGAGAUUCACAUGUGAAUGCCUUAAUUUCUAUAACUAGGUAAUUAUAUAGUUUUUGUAUCUAGCACCCUUAUAUUUUCCUUGUAAUAUAGGUUGUAAUUCACAAUAUAUUACACCUUUGCCUUUGUUGUGGAAUGCCCUAACUUUGUAGAAAUUGCUUUGCAUUUUUGGAGGUCACUAUUUUCAUGUCAUAUGACUCCACUAGAUCCAAGUUAAACAUUAUCUUUCAUUAAUCCCAUUUGCCAAAAUUCGCUCAUUAACUGGGAAUACAAUUACCAUAUUUGUUUGGACUAUAUUCACGUUUUAUGCAUGCAUUAAUCAAUGGAGAUUGAUUAAUGCACUGUGUUUUGUCCUUUUAAUUGAGAUUGUGUUGUUUAUACAUUAGUAUAUAAAUGAUUAAACACGAUAAAAGGCACAAAAUAAACCAAGA